AUGCAAUCCUGCCAUAUCGGUUGGUUCGUCUGGACACGUGAACUGAUGUUUAAAGUCAUUGAUGCUAUGAAGGAGGAACCACUGCUGUGGAACAGCAAGCACGUGCACUUUAAACAUCGUUCCAAGAAGAAUGCAGCGUUGAAUCGAGUUGCUGCCCAGCUGCAGCUACCAACGGAAGCGGUGCGCCAAAAGAUGGAUGUGCUGAAAAGUUCAUACCAUAAAAACCGCCGAAGGCUAGAAAACCAGCCGGCAAAUACCGAAAUGCGGCGGCUGUAUAAGGAGAUCAUCCGUCUGAUGGAGAGGUUCCAGGAUGGCGGGCUUUCAGAUAUGGGGCCAUAA